UCUCUCUCUCUCUCUCUAUUUCUAUUAAAUCUCCACCCCCAUCAUUCUCUCGGCCAUUACAUUUCAUCCUCUGUUCCGAAUGUACGAGAGAAAUGGAGGAAUAGUUCGCAAUUUUUGUGGCUUCUUCUCUCUUUAGAUCUGUUCUUUCUGAGGUGAAAACUCUGUAGGAUAUAAUUUUACAAGUAGACAUGGCAUUAGGGAAGUAUUCGAGAGUAGACAACCGGAGGUCCUCAUCGAGUUACUGCUCAACAGUGACCAUUGUAGUAUUUGUGGCUUUGUGCUUGGUUGGGAUAUGGAUGUUAACAUCAUCAUCUGUAGUUCCAGUUCAAAAUAUUGAUGUGCCACAGGAGAACAAAAAUCAGGCAAAAGAUCAAGUGAUUGAGAGCAAUGAGGGCAAGACUCAGCCUUUUGAAGAUAAUCCAGGAGAUUUGCCUGAUGAUGCAAGGAAGGGGGAUAGCAAUGAAGGUUCUAAUCAGCAGGAAAGCCAGGAAGAGAAGCCCGAGGAGAAGCCUGAAGAGAAGCCCGAGGAGAAGCCUGAAGAGAAGCCCGAGGAGAAGCCUGAAGAGAAGCCCGAGGAGAAGCUGGAAGAAAAGCCUGAAGAGAAGCCAGAAGAGAAUCCAGAAGAGAAGCCGGAAGAAAAGCCUGAGGAUAAGCCAGAGCAACAAAAUGAGGACAAGAAUGGAGGGAAUGAAGAAACUAAGCCAGAAGAUGACAGAAAAACAGAAAGUGGUGACUCUAAGGAGGAAAAUGGAGAACCAGAUUCUGAAGCUAAGCCAGAGGCUGGUGACAAUGGAUCAGGUGGACAGGGAGAUUCUGAGGAGAGUUCUACUGAGAAACAACCGAAUUCAAAUGAUACAGAAGAGAAAAAUGACAAUGAGAAAAAAUCAGAUGACUCAAAUGGUACUAAAGAAGGAGAAAACGUGACUGGUCAGGAAGGGGAGAAAGGGGAGCAAAAUGAUAAACGGGAGCAAGAUGAUACAAUUGAAAAUAAUCAAUCCAAAAACCCAACCUCUGGUGAGGUAUUUCCUUCUGGUGCCCAGUCGGAGCUUUUGAAUGAAACAUCUCAACAAAAUGGGGCAUGGUCGACUCAGGCAGCAGAGUCAAAGAAUGAAAAAGAGACUCAAAGAUCUUCCACGAAACAAUCUGGGUAUGAGUGGAAAAUUUGCAAUGUUACUGCUGGCUCAGAUUACAUACCUUGCCUUGAUAACUUGCAAGCAAUUAGGAGUCUUCGAAGUACAAAACAUUAUGAACAUCGUGAGAGGCAUUGCCCUGAAGAACCUCCAACCUGCCUUGUUUCACUUCCAGAGGGAUAUAGACGCUCAAUUCCAUGGCCGACAAGCAGGGAAAAGAUAUGGUACUAUAAUGUUCCCCACACAAAACUUGCUGAGGUUAAGGGGCAUCAGAAUUGGGUAAAAGUUUCUGGUGAAUACUUAACAUUUCCUGGUGGUGGGACCCAAUUCAAGCACGGGGCUCUUCACUACAUUGACUUCAUACAAGAGUCUGUUAAUGAUAUUGCUUGGGGUAAACGAUCACGUGUAAUUCUGGAUGUUGGAUGUGGGGUGGCAAGCUUUGGAGGGUUUCUGUUUGAAAGAGAUGUGCUAACCAUGUCAUUGGCCCCAAAAGAUGAACAUGAAGCACAAGUCCAGUUUGCACUUGAGAGGGGAAUUCCUGCUAUAUCUGCUGUUAUGGGCACGAAAAGACUUCCUUACCCAGGAAGAGUUUUUGAUCUUGUCCACUGUGCUCGUUGUAGAGUACCAUGGCACAUAGAAGGUGGUAAACUUCUGCUGGAGCUGAAUCGUUUGUUGCGGCCCGGUGGCUUCUUUGUGUGGUCUGCUACACCAGUCUAUCAGAAGAAUGCUGAAGAUGUCGGAAUAUGGAAUGCCAUGAAGGAAUUGACGAAAGCAAUGUGCUGGGAACUUGUAUCAAUUAACAAGGAUUCGGUAAAUGGAGUUAGUGCAGCCAUAUAUAGAAAACCUACUAAUAAUGAUUGCUAUGAGCAGAGACCUGAAAAAGAGCCGCCUCUCUGCCCGGAUUCAGAUGAUCCAAAUGCAGCCUGGAAUGUGCCACUCGAGGCAUGCAUGCACAAAAUCUCGACAAAUGCAUCAGAACGUGGUUCUAAAUGGCCGGAGCAAUGGCCGUCAAGGGUGGAGAAACCACCUUACUGGUUGUUGGACUCUCAAGUUGGAGUUUAUGGAAGAUCUGCUCCCGAGGAUUAUACUGUAGAUAACAAUCACUGGAAACGUGUUGUGACAAAGUCAUAUCUAAAUGGCAUGGGAAUUGACUGGUCAACAGUGCGAAAUGCCAUGGACAUGAGGGCUGUCUAUGGAGGAUUUGCUGCUGCAUUGAAAGAUUUGAAGGUCUGGGUUAUGAAUGUUGUCUCAAUAGACUCAGCCGACACUCUACCAAUAAUCUUCGAACGAGGUUUAUUUGGUAUAUAUCACGAUUGGUGCGAAUCAUUCAACACCUAUCCAAGGACUUACGAUCUUCUUCAUGCAGACCAUCUUUACUCCAAGAUCAAAAAGAGGUGCAAUCUAGCAGCUGUAGUAGCAGAGACCGAUCGAAUCCUCAGGCCAGAAGGAAAGGUUAUCGUUCGGGACAACGCCGAAACGGUCAAUGAGCUCGAGAACAUGUUCAAGUCGAUGAAAUGGGAGAUCCGGUUUACUUAUUUCAAAGACAAUGAAGGAUUGCUGUGCGUUCAGAAGUCAAUGUGGCGACCGAGCGAGGCCGAAACACUCAAGUAUGCAAUUGCUUAGAGGCAGCCCCAUAUAAUCACCACCCCAAUUCCCACUCCACGCCGGCGAGAGGUUAGACAAUUCUUUUUUUUUUUUUUUUGGUUAUUCAAAGUUUCAGUUUUAUGGCAAUGUUACUUCCUAAUUAGGCAGUGUAUCAUGAUCUCAUAUCUAGGCCUUUGGGUGUAAUUCAUUUUUCUUCCCUUCUUCAGAGGCUGCUGUUCAGUUUUCCCUGUACUAUGAUACUGAUAGUGUUAUUAAUGAAAAGCCACAUAUAUUCUUGCAAAUUAAUGUUUUA